UAAGAAAUACAAACCUGCCUCCCAUUUCAUCAUUUCCUUCAAAAUCACGCACGCGACACAACGUGCAGCACCAUUUCCAGACAAGAAGAGAAGGAGAGUUGAGGACCAUUUUCGAGAGAUAGACACGACCCGAAUCCGACCGGAAAAUGGGCAAGGAUCUCAGUGAGGACCAGGUCUCAUCAAUGAAAGAAGCCUUCACGCUCUUCGAUACCGACGGUGAUGGCAAGAUCGCCCCAUCUGAAUUGGGAAUCCUAAUGCGUUCUCUCGGCGGCAAUCCGACCCAGGCACAACUUAAGACCAUAGUCGCUGAAGAAAAACUUAACGCUCCUUUUGAUUUCCCUAGAUUCCUCGAUCUCAUGGCCAAGCACAUGAAACCUGAGCCGUUCGAUCGCCAGCUCCGCGAUGCGUUCAAGGUGCUCGACAAGGACGGUACUGGGUUCGUUUCGGUUGGGGAUCUGCGCCACAUUUUGACUAGUAUUGGCGAGAAGCUGGAACCCGCCGAGUUCGAUGAGUGGAUCCGGGAGGUCGAUGUUGGGUCGGAUGGGAAAAUCCGCUACGAGGAUUUCAUUGCAAGGAUGGUGGCCAAGUGAAGUAAGAUCGGUUAAGAACUCUGCCGUGUGUUUGUUUGUUUUUUUUUUUUUUUUAAAUUUUUUUUAUAAUUCUCAGAAGUACUUUUGCGUAAUAUUUGCCUUUUGUUUUUGGUUUUGGGACAUUAGGGUUUGUUUGGGUAACGAUGUGAUGGUGUUCUUCGAAUUAUUGAAGUAAUGCUAAGUUUUUCGUUAAUGAUUUUGGGGCUUUCUAGAUGUGUUAUUGUUUAUAACGUCCCGGCUAAUGUAACUGAAUCUGUGUACUUUCAGGCAAUUCAAAGUUUGCUGCUUUUGUAUUUGGCUUGAUUGGCCCAGAAAAAUUAAUUUAAUCUGUUUCUGUUCGAGAUUUCA